GUUUAGUCAGUCGUUGCUUAGACACGGAGGCAGACGAGACGUACUCUGCUGGACAUAAACCAAAAACCCCUUGGGGAAGAGACACUCUUUAGCUGCUUGACAAAAUGAACAAAAACCCGAUGGGCCAAAAACGUCGCGUUUGUGUAAUAGGAGCCGGCACCGCGGGCCUGUGCGCGCUGAAGAACUCCCUGGAGUCGGGCAUGGAUGCGGUGGCCUACGAGCGUGGCACAGAGAUUGGCGGCACAUGGAUAUUCUCCGAGGAUAUGCCAGAGAAUGAUUACGAUGAGGUGCACAGCAGCAUGUACGAUGGAUUGCGUACAAACCUGCCGAAGGAAGUAAUGGGAUAUCCAGACUAUGCAUACGACAACGACAUCGAGGACUCGUUCAUAACAUCCCAUGAGGUCUUGAACUUUCUGCGCUCGUAUGCGGAACACUUCAAGCUGGGCCCCCACAUUAAGCUGCAGCACGAAGUGAUAAGAGUGCGACCUCGUUUGGAUGAUUGGGAGGUGUAUGUCUGGGAUCACACCACAAACACUUGCGAUCCAGUCUACUACGACUUUGUCUAUGUCUGCAAUGGCCACUACACGGAGCCCGAUGUGCCCGAGGUUGAGGGUGCGGAUCUGUACGAGGGCAAGCUGAUGCACAGCCACCUGUAUCGGAGGGCGGACAAGUUUAGGGAUGAAAAUGUUCUAAUCAUUGGCGCUGGUCCCAGUGGCAUGGAUAUCACGAAUCACGUGCGCAGGGAAGCCAAACAUGUGUACUUGAGCCACCACUUGGCCACCGCCCCGAACACAGCGUUCAUGGGAAAUGUAACGCAGAAACCGGAUGUGGAGCGAUUGACCAAGAACGGGGCCGUCUUCAAGGAUGGCAGCAGCGAGAGCUUCGAUCAUGUAUUGUUCUGCACCGGCUACAAGUACACUUUCCCCUGCCUCAGCACGGACGUGGGCAUCCAGGUGAUAGAUAACUUUGUGCAGCCACUGUGGAAGCACUGCAUCAACAUUAACAAUCCAACGAUGGCGUUCAUCGGGCUGCUCUUCAAUGUGAUACCCACGCACAUCUUCGACAUGCAAGUCCGCUUCACGCUCGCAUUCUUCACGGGCCAGCGCGAGAUGCCGCCGCGCGAGCAAAUGAUCGCCGAGCUGGAGAAGGAGAUUGGCCAGCGGUGGGACUGUGGCUUCUACAAUCGCAAGAAGGCACAUCAAAUGGGAGAGCGACAGUUUGAUUACUACAACGAGCUGGCUCGCAUGGCGGGCAUUGAUAACAUUAAGCCUGUUAUCCUUAAAUUGAUGAAGGAUUGUGGCAAGAAGUACAUCUUCGAAUUGGACACAUACCGCAGCAAUCGCUACACCAUCGUGGAUGAUGAGAACUUCUUGAAGAACGGCAAAAUGGCAAAUUAAGCUUGUGGCUUGUCCCUCUUGUCCCCUACUUGUAGUGUAUGUGUAGUUAAAUAUUGUCUAAAUAACUCAAUAAAUCGUGAAUGCUCUAACAAGAA